AUGAAGCCUCACUACAGGCCCUUCGUCGUUCAUCACGAGAUUUCUAUAGUCUCUUUAGCGCUCCUGUUCGUUGCUUUCCUGUUUCUGUUCCUCGUCGGUAUUUCCUUGCCCAUAAUCAAAACCAUAUACCUCGUCCGAGUCUAUUCGACGGCUGAGAGUGACCAACCGGCGACAAGCAUUGCGACAGAGCUGCGGUUCGGAGUGUGGGGUGUGUGUGCACUAAGUGCAUUGGGCUAUGGAGAGUGUUUUGGCCCAAGGCUUGGUUACGAUGUACCAUCAUCAGUAACCGAGCUCCUGGAUGUGGAUGCAAGCCUCGUCCAGGCCGCUUUGAAGGGUCUCCUGGUCAUCCUCAUCCUUCAUCUCGUUUCAGCGGGAUUGUCUCUCGCCGCGGUCAUCCCAGCUAUGUUUCUUGGAUCGCAUGCGCUAGCCAUUAUGGCCCUCGUUAUCUCAAUUACCACAGCACUCCUGGGAACCGUCGUAUUUGGGGUGGAUCUAGCCUUAGUGUUGACCCUCAAGAAGGAGCUGCCAAGCUUGUCAAGUCAGAUUGACCUUGGUAUCGAUUUUGGCAACGGAAUUUGGAUGGUCUUGGUUGCCGUGGUUUUGACGUGGAUUGCGGUAAUAACCCUUUCUGCCAGAGCGUGCUUCUGCUGCGGUGUUCGUAGGUAA